CAGUUUUUGUGGUUCCGGAAGGUAAACAAGUAGAGGCAAAAGAAUCGCAAAAAUUUACAAAAUCUUUACGGGCAAAAGCAUCUUAAUUUACUGCCGCCAAAACCAUGGAUACUAUCGAAUCUCAACUCACGGUAAGGAAUAAAUGCGAUCAACUGCAGAAGUCCAUCAAAGAGCUGUAUGAUUGGGAAGCGGACAUAAAAAAGGCCGAAUCCGCCAGGACUCAAGCGCGGAACGAGGAGGUGCUUCCUCCGGUACGGAGCGAUGAAAAGUCCAUGAAAGAAUUCUGCAAGGAGGAGAGUGCGCAUGCUGAAAAACAAGACCAAGGUACUGAAAAUGACCAGAAAGAGAAGGCCGAAAGAUUCAAAGAAACUGGAAACAAGCAGUGCAAGCUUGGCAACUAUCUCUCAGCGAUUGACCUCUACACACAAGCCAUUGAAACAUACAGCGCUUGUGCAUCGUACUAUACGAAUAGAGCUCUGUGUUAUAUGAAUAUUGAGCGAUAUGAUGAUUGUCUUGAAGACUGCAAUGCGGCCAUUGCGAAGGAUCCAAACUGUAUUAAAGCCUACUACAGGCGAAUGCAAGCAUACGAGCGACUGGGAGAAAACACGAAAGCAAUAGCCGAGUGCCGCAAGAUACUGGAGUUAUCCAAAGACGAGAAAGAGAUAAACACUGCCAAAAAGGACCUGGCUAGAAUAGAAAAACGCCUCAAAGAACAAAGAGCGUCUUCCCCGGCGUUCGCAGCAGGGAAUAAUGAACCGAACCCCACAUUGUUGCUCGUAAAACAGGAAGCAGACAAGUAUAAGGAGCUGGGAAACAAACAGCUAGCCAAAAAAGAUUACGUUACGGCGGCAAAACAUUAUACUCAUGCCAUUUCAUUGUUCGACAACGAGGCAAUUUAUUAUACAAACCGUAGUCUCUGUUAUUGGAACUUGAAAGACUAUGAUAAGUGUCUGGCGGAUUGCAACAAAGCAAUUCAGCUGGAUGACUCAUACUUUCGACCUUACUACCGACGUAUGCAGGUCCGUGAAUUGCGAGGCGCUUAUCAAGGUGCCUUGGAAGAUUGCAGGAAAUUUAUCGAACUCAACAAGGAUGAAAAACAAAAGGCUACUGCCGAAAAGGAUAUGUUACGGUUGGAACGGCUCCUCAAGAGUGAGCAACCUGCUAAGCAAUCCUUUGUGUGGAAUGAACUGAAGAAGAAUGCAAAGCGUAUCGAGUUCGUUCAAAAACCACCGCAUAUGCGUUCAAGAAAGCCUCUAAAGAGAGUUCACAUUGCGGACGUACCGCCUGUAGUUCAAGCACCAAAAGCUAUUCCGCAAGGUGGUAGUACGAAACGCCAGACCAUCCCGGACGCAAUCAUUGAUCAAAUGUUCAAUAACAACACCGGUGAACGGUUGACGGUCCCUGAAGAGAAAACAAAUCUAGAACACCUAUUUCCAGCCCAUUCUAAUAAGCUCAAGAAUAUGUUUUCCCCACCUACAACUCCUAGCGACAAACCAAAAUCAUUUCCAUCUUCCGACGCCCCCAUUCCUACCAUCGGUCGAGAUUUGCAAAACAAUGGCGUACGGGCAGCUGAGGUUAAAACUGCCCCUUUCGUCAUCCCCGAGAUGAAACCGAGUGACAAAAUGGAAAAAGACAAAAUCAAUCAUGAAAAUCAGGGUUUGAACGAAUCCGCGAGGAAGCCAAAGGUUCCGGCUAAAACUGCAGAUGUAAAACUUUCAAUUCCCAAAUCAACUGCCCAGUUUUAUACUACUUGGAGUGGAUUGAGUGAAGACCUUAGAUAUCAAUAUUUGAAACUACUGGCGAACGCACCGUUGAACAAACUGUUCGGGGCGAGCUUAUCCAACCAGAUGCUUGGCGAAAUAUUAUACAUCUUGAAAAACCACUUCAUUUCAAACCAAAUGGAUGUGACAAAUAUCAUGCGCGGAAUAGCCGAAAAUGAAUGUAUCUCCAUACUUGCAUUGAUGCUGAACAAAGAAGAUCGCAAUGCCGUGGAAGUACUGCUGACCUAUAUGAUGAAAGGCCAACAUUUAAAGGAAGAUGAAUUGCAACGCAUUCGAUCAAAGCUUCUUGCGUAAAUUCUGAGUAAAUUAGUUGUGCACUAGAGCAAACACUCAUGGAAACAAAUAAAUAAUCUGUACUUACAUCUACAUGUUA